UCUACUAAACGUCACCGAAGUCAUAACAGGUUGUUUGUUAUUUUUAGUAGUACGCUGUGUUGUGUAUUUUCGUCAGUGGCCCUUAAAAGAAAGCUACCAUUUUUGGUACGAAAAGUUAGCGAAAAUGAAUAACAAUAUCAAUGGAACAGUCGAUCAGCACAGCAUAGUGGAGUAUUCCACCUUAGAUGACUCGGUGAAAGAAUUGAUUGAAGCAGCGAUCAAAGUGCGGAACAACGCCUACUGUCCGUACAGCAACUUCCCUGUGGGUGCUGCUUUGAGAACCACCUCAGGUGACAUUGUAACUGGCUGCAACGUGGAAAACGGAACAUUUGGGCCCACCGUUUGUGCUGAACGAACGGCUGUUUGCAAAGCUAUUAGCGAAGGUCACCGUGAGUUUACGGCCGUUGCGGUUGCUGCUUAUCAGGAAACGGAAUUCACCGCUCCAUGUGGAACCUGCCGUCAAACGUUGUCGGAGUUCAGUGCAAAGGAUAUACCCAUCUAUCUGGUCAAACCAUCUCCGGUGCGGGUUAUGAUAACGUCCCUGUUUAAACUGUUGCCGCACGCGUUCUCUCCUACUUUUUUAAACAAGUAGCUUUUAAUAUCCCUCAAUCCACAGCUUGGAGGGCACAUUAUUAUGUAAAACAUGCAAGCACUUAAGGCAGGUGGGUGUGUUCGUUAUCUUAACUGACUGUCUGGCGUCGGGACGUUUUUUAUCUGAUCUGACCAUAAAAAUGUUAUCCCAUCGUAUUGUUCGUUAAUGCCGUGUAAUGAUAAUAUAUGUGUAUUCAUCAAAACCGA